AUGACGGAACUCGAGUUCUUGCUCAAGCCCCAGGAGCUUUAUGGCGGUGCCAUAGCGUGUGUGAUCCCUGAAGGCUUUUUAGAUGUCUCAAUGCUGCGUGAGGUGCCUGAUACGCAAGAAGUUUUCGUAAACUCUCGAGACGCAAGCGAAAAAGACAAAAUUCCAGAUGGUUUGGGACUAGACGAAAGCAUAAUCAUCGAUCUCCUGCAACGCGUGGACGCUGCUAACGACCGUGAGGCACUCGAUAUGCAUUUACAGGAAAUUGCAGGUCUUAACGCCAGCAAGGAGUGGACAGUGGCUAAGCUUGAUACUUCAAAAGCGUACCAAACCUGUGUCGCCAUUGAAACGGCGUACAAAUGGGGCAAACAGGACCUUAAAGAAACUCUCGUUCUUUGUCUGGCUCUGUUGCGCCUCGAAGACGUGGAAACUGAUGUAAUCAUUAGCAUCAACAUACCUAUUUCAAGCAAACCGGCACUUGAAGACGUACACAAUUGGUUACAGGACAAAACACAGCCAUUGCCUCCCAACAUUGACUCCGCUUACUCCAUACUCAGAACUAUGGCGAACAAGCUUGAAGUUCGCGACAAGACCCUGUUCGUGUAG